UUCUUUUUCCAAUUAAGAAAAUUUUGUUCGACUGCCUAAGGAGUCCUUGGAAAAUAGUUUUUCUGGACAAUGAUGUAAAGCGCCCCCCACCCACCUACCCAAAACAAAAUUCCUUCGUGAUGAUAUAAAGAAUUCAGUCAUUGUUCGUAUUCAGUGAAAGAUCCAAAGAUGGCAGAUACAGAGAAUUCCAAAAGCAGAGUUCUGAUAAUAGGAGGUACAGGACGCUUAGGCCAAAGGUUUGUGAGGGCAAGCUUGGCCUGCAGUCAUCCAACUUAUGUGCUUUUCCGUCCUCAAGCAGCUAACGAUCUUGCUAAAGUGGAUCUUCUCAUAUCUUUCAAGAAAGCCGGGGCUCACCUUCUCCAAGGUUCAUUGGAUGACCAUGAGAGCUUGGUGGCUGCUCUCAAGCAAGUGGAUGUUGUUAUAUCAGCUAUGGCAGGAACUAUGGUUAGAAAUGACAUACUUCAACAGCUGAAAUUGUUGGAGGCCAUUAAAGAAGCAGGCAAUAUCAAGCGUUUCCUCCCUUCAGAAUUUGGUGUGGAUCCAGAUAGAUUGGUGAAUUCUAUAGAGCCAGAAAAUCCAGUUAUGAUUGAUAAGAGAAAAGUAAGGCGUGCUAUAGAGGCAGCCAAAGUUCCCUACACCUACAUCAUGGCCAACUGCUUUGCAGGAAUCUUUUUAGGAGGCAUGGGACAGUUUGGACAAGGAUUUAUUCCUUCAACAGAAAGAGUGAGCUUAUAUGGAGAUGCAAAAACAAAAGUAAUAUGGGUGGACGAGGAUGACAUUGCAAGCUAUACAAUCAGAGCAAUAGAUGACCCUCGGACUGAGAAUAGAAAAGUCCAUAUUAGACCACCUGCAAAUAUUCUGUCACAGGGGGAGGUUGUAGAAAUAUGGGAAAAAAUUAUAGGCCACCCUUUGGAGAAAACUCAAAUAUCAGGAGAGGAUUGGCUGAAGACCAUAGAAGGUAAACCUCUUGAGAUACAGACUAUAAUUUCACAUGCCUAUGAGAUAUUCUAUGAAGGCUGUACAACUAAUUUUGAGAUUGGGGCUGAUGAAAAAGAAGCUUCUCAACUAUAUCAUGAUGUCAAGUAUACUAGCGUGGAAUCCUACUUGAAGCUAUAUGUCUAAUGGAAGUCUCUCAAUUGACUUACCAUGCUAAUAAUUCUCGUUUUCCUCGAGUGUUAUGCAUCUUUUUGUUAUUGUAAUGUUAACAAAAAAUAUCAAAUCAAAUUCUAAUGGUAGAAGAGCUGCUUUAUUUUUUA